GGUCAUCUCUUUGUUUCUGUUCUUGUUUAUGAGAUGGUUUGUAGAGAUUGGAGCGAGCCAAGAUGAGUGCAAGGUAUCAAGAUGCAGCAACCAUGGCCCAGUUAUCAGGUUCCCCUUCCGGCUAAAAGACCAGCCAUAUCAUUGUGGCUAUCCCGGGUUUGAGAUAUCUUGUAUAGAAAAGAAGCAGACCAUCCUAGAGCUGCCAUAUUCCGUAAGCCUUUCAGUGAAGAAGAUAAAUUACAACUCUCAGGAGAUUAUCGUCCAUGACCCAGAUUUUUGCCUUCAAAGACAGCUUCAAAACCUUACUUUGUCUGCCUCUCCCUUCCAGUUCAAACUUGCAAGUUCCAACUACCUAGUUGACUACACCUUCUUCAAUUGUUCCUCAGAAAAAACACACUCACAUUAUUUUUCGUCCAUCCCUUGCACCGUUCUCCUCAGCAACCCAGUCUAUGCUGUUGAUUCUGACAAUAUUCUUGAACUCUUGGACCUAUCCUCUUGCCACAAGAUUUACGACGUUAUUCUCCCAGAAGAUAUAGUUAAUGGGGAAAAUUAUUUUUCCUUAACGUGGUCAGAAUUGAUAUGUGGAAACUGCGAAAGAGAAGGUAAGAAAUGCAGACUGAAGAGCAAUGUUGGCAAAGAACCUGAAACUGAAUGUAUUGAUAAGCCAGCAAAAGGUACAAUAUGGAUUCAUUCCUCUCUAAUCAAUGCAGCGGUAAUCCUCAGUUUCUGUCUUCUGCUGCUUCUUGUCAUCAGACUCUAUCAUGUGUAUAGCUCAGACAAAUUAGAAAGAGAGAGUACAAAAAAGAUAGAACAGUUUUUAGAAGACUAUAAAGCUCUCAAGCCCUCAAGAUACUCCUACGCUGAUGUUAAGAAGAUUACAAAUCAUUUCAAGGAAAAAUUGGGUCAAGGCGGUUAUGGAACUGUCUAUAAAGGAAGGCUUUCUAGUGAUGUUCUUGUUGCAGUAAAGAUCCUAAACAAUUCAAAAGAAAAUGGAGAAGAGUUCAUUAAUGAAGUGGGAACAAUGGGUAGGAUCCAUCAUGUCAAUGUGGUUCGCUUGGUUGGAUUUUGUGCUGAUGGAGUUAAACGAGCUUUAAUUUAUGAGUUCUUACCAAAUGAGUCUUUGGAGAAGUAUAUAUUUUCAAAAUCUGUCAAGGAUUGUUCACUUAGGUGGGAGACAAUUCUCCAUUUUGAUAUCAAACCUCAUAAUAUUUUGCUUGAUCAAAACUUCAAUCCAAAAAUCUCUGAUUUUGGUCUAGCCAAAUUGUGUUCCAAGGAACAAAGUGCAGUUUCAAUGACAACAGCAAGAGGGACCAUGGGCUAUAUUGCACCAGAAGUAUUAUCAAGGAACUUUGGAAAUGUGUCCUAUAAGUCAGAUAUUUAUAGUUUUGGAAUGUUGCUACUGGAAAUGGUAGGAGGAAGGAAGAAUAUUGAUGUCACAAUGGAGAAGGCUAACCAAGUAUACUUCCCAGAAUGGGUUUAUAACCAAUUAGAUAAGGGGGAAGAGGUGUGUAUUCGAAUUGAGGAAGAGGGAGACAUUAAAAUUGCAAAGAAGCUAACAAUUGUGGGACUUUGGUGCAUUCAAUGGUGUCCAAUAGACCGCCCUUCCAUAAAAGUUGUGAUUCAAAUGUUGGAAGGAGGAGACAAGUUAACCAUGCCACCCAACCCUUUUGAUUCCAUAGAUUCAACAAGAACAAACAUUAGAAGGCGUAAAAAAUCUCUUCAACAAGAGUUGGCAGUCAUCUCAGAAUUAAUAGAGUGA